AUGAGGAUGCGGACGCGGGGUUAUGGCAUACGGAGCUUGCAUCUGAGGAUUCAGAAGCUUGUGGAUCAUGAGGAGGAGGAGGAAGAGGAGGAGGAUGCAGGGUACAUGUAUCAUGGGGAGGCGGAGACAGGGAGCAUGUGUUAUGAGGAGGAAGAGGGUUCCGUGUGUGUGUAUCAUGCGGUGGAAGAGGAGGACGAUGCAGUGGGUAUGCAUCACGAGGAGGAAACUUCUGAUUACACGGAGGAGACUGGGAGCGUGGGAGAUAGACAUGGGGACGAGGACGGGGAGGAGGCGGAGGCGGCGGAGGAGGGGGACGAGGAUGAGGAGGGAGACGUUAGCAGGGGGCGGAGGAACGGGGAGGAGAGAAGGGAAGGUGAAGAAGAGGGGAGAGUGGAGGGAGGUGGAGGAGUGGAGGGGCAGCCUGAGCUAGGGAAGAAGAGUCUGAGUGCUCCUGCUGGGUCCAUGGCUGCUUCUGCCUCUGCUUCCGUGAUUGCUGUGGGGCUUCAGCAGGUUGGCGAGGAAGGGGGUUGGGUGGAGAGUGCAGGGGACGCAGCAGGGGGACAAGGGGUGGAGAUGGGCAGGAGACGGGUGGUGAGGAGGGGAGAGGAGGAAGAGGAAGAGGAGGAGGAGGAGGAGGAAGAGGAAGAGGAGGAGGAGCCGGAAUUGUUGCGGCGGAAGAGCUUUGGCGGGCGGAUGGGUGCCAGCUUUGGCGCGCUGCUGAGGAAGAGCAACAUGCUAUCCAAGAUGGGCCGCAAGCCGCCCCGACGUCCCAAAAGCCUCUCUUCCCACUCUCCCUUCUCUCUCCCCUCCCCCCUCUCCUCCCUCUCCCUCCCACCACCAGACACGCUAUCCAAGAUGGACCGCAAGCCGCCGCGCCCCUUCCUCGCCGCGCGCACCCCCCCGCUCCGCUCCCUCACCAUCUCCCGCGCGGCCUCCGCGUCCCGCAAGGCCGCCUCCUCGGCGUCCGUCAAAGCCGCGUCCGCCAUUGCACUCGCCACCACCGCCGUCACCAGCCUCGGCCGCUCCGCAUCUCUCCCCUACGAAUACGAGUACAACGGCAUCAACCAGCCGAAACGCGUGCACUUCCAGCUAUCAGAGCUUCAGCUAGCCACUAACUAUUUCUCCAAGGAGAGUGUUCUCGGGCAGGGCGGGUUCGGGACGGUGUAUGGGGGCGUGCUGCCGGCGCCGCCGUUUGAGGAGGUGGCGGUGAAGGUGCUGAAGAGAGGGUCGGUGCAGGGGGAUGGGGAGUUUGUGACUGAGCUGGAGCUGCUGUCACGCACCGCCCACCGGCAUCUUGUGAAGCUCAUGGGGUUCUGCAUGACCACUACGCAGCGCAUGCUCGUUUACCAGCUCGUGGCCAAUGGUUCCCUCACAGACCACCUCACAGGCAGCAAGCGCAGUGAGAAUGGCCCUCUGCCAUGGGAGCGCCGGCUGAGAAUAGCCAUAGGAGCCGCCAAGGGCAUCCGCUACCUGCAUGCCCAACGACCCCAGAUCCUUCACAGGGACAUCAAGGCCUCCAACAUCCUUCUUACAAACAGCUUCGAGGCUAAGGUGGCGGACUUUGGGUGUGCGAAGCUGAUUCGGCGCACGGAGAGUGUGGUGAGCAAGGCGACGGGGCUGGCGGAAGAGCGGCUGGUGGAGUUUGUCGACCUGGGCGUCGGUACCAUCGGCCACAUGGCUCCUGAACUGCUGCUCGAAGGGGAGAUCAGUGCUGCUUCUGACUGCUUCGGGUUCGGAGUGGUGCUGCUGCAGCUGCUGACAGGCAGAGAGCCCGUGGACGCGGACAGAAGGCCGCUCGUCAACUGGGCGCAGCCGUAUCUGGAGGAGCGGCGGUGGGACGAGCUGAUAGACCCGUUUCUAUUAGAGUCGCGCCCGCCGGCCCGGCACGACUCGUUCCACUCCUUUGCGCUGCUCGCGCAGACCUGUGUCAGCUUCGACCCGCUGCUGCGCCCGCCCUUUGACCUCGUCGCUGCCACUCUCGAGCGCAUCCUGCAAGCCGACAAGGAAAGCGCGCCUUCCAUGCCGCCACAAGCAGUGCGCCGCUCCCACUCACACUCUCCCUCGCACCCAGCGUCGCACGCCCACUCCCGCUCGCACUCCUUCUCCCGCUCUGCCUCCGCGUCUUCAGCCAACAGGGGCGCUCCUCAGGUUGUCUCCGCUUCUUCCUCCUCCCACCACAACCCUCACCAGCAGCAGCAGCAACAACAACAACAGCAGCAGCAGCAACAGCAGCAGCAGAGGGAGGCAGGAGGCAUUAUCAGGUCAUUGGGUAGAAGUGGCAGCGCUCCCUGUCCAGGUCUCGAUGCUGCUCCUGGUGCUGCUGCUGCCGCUGCUGUGUCAGGGCUAGCGGCUGGUGGAAAUUCAAGCCACAGCACGACGGCGUCUGAGAAGCACCAUCGAAGGAAGAGCCGUGGCGGCGGCGGCGACACCAGUGGGCACAGCAGGGCAAGCAGUAGAGGCAGCAGAGGCAGCAUCGACGUUGCUGACGGAGCGAGAGGCGAAGCAGGCGCAAUUUCUGCCCUGAACCUGAAUCCCUCUGGCACUGCGCCCGCGGCUGCUGUGAACGGACCAGGUGUGACGGUUGCAGCAGCGGGCGCGGUGCAAUCGCGGGCGGAGGAAGUGAGGCGGCUGAUGGGGCUGGUGGAGGAGGGCAACAGUGAGCGGAUCGAGUGGGGUGAGACUCUCUCCCGCGUGCGCGAUGGCACACCGCAGCAGCAGCAGCAGCAGCAGCAGCAGCAGCAGCAGCAGCAGCAGCAGCAGCAGCAGCAGCAGCAGCAGCAGCAGCAGCAGCAGAAGCACGCGGGCGUUGACAGUGUGUGCGAUGGUAGCAAUAGCGGUGGUGAUGGUAAUGCAAGUGGGUCUAUGAGUAGUGGUAUCAGCACUGGCGAUAGCGCCAGUUGCAACGCUCCUGUCCAAGUCACAGACAUCCGCAGCGUCAUGUCAAAUACUCUCGAAGUGACAGUGGUGGGCGGAGUGGGGUUGUCGGACAAGGAGCUAUUCACGCGCCAGGACCCAUACGUCGUCCUCGAGUACGGCCAACAGCGCUUCCGCUCCAAGACAGACAUAGAUGGCGGCACGAACCCCGCGUUUAACGCCACGUUCACGCUCUCGCUACUGCCGGGUCUCAACGAGCUGUGCAUCGUCAUCUGGAACGAGAACGUGCUGCGCGACAACGUCAUCGGCUCCUGCAGAAUAGCGCUGGAGAGGGUGCAGGCGACGGGGUUCGAGGACGGGUACUUCCCCGUCAUGGGUCCUUACGAGUCAUUCUCAAGUACCGCCCCCAGUACUCCCCCUCGCCAUAUCCCGCGUCACCCUACCCUCCACCCUACCCUGCUCAACCGCCUUACGGUGCUCCUCCGCCCGCCUACCCCCCAAGCUACCAGUACCCCCCCACCUCCAUCCUAUCCUCCCUCUCAGUCGUACACGUAUGGCCAGGCUCCUCCUUACCCUCCCACGUACCCGCCCCCCAAUGCCGGCUCAUACUCUUAUCGCUGA